AGUGAGAGUUGGUUGUUGUGUCUGUUUUUUAACGGGGGACAAAUGCCAUUGUAACCGUGUGGCAAGCCUCGCUGUGGUGAGAUCAAAGUGAGCCUGAUAUGGCGUUGAUUUAGGGCGAUGAACAUUUCUGGUCCAACUUGUUUUACAUCGAUUCAACUACAACAAUAUCAACAUCAACAUCAUCUUCUGUAAAACACAAGAAAGAUGUCGAGAGCUUUGGUACCGAGUCAGCAGAAGAUUGCUGAGAAACUCACCAUCCUAAAUGAUCGCGCUAAUGGGAUGCUCAUUCGGAUCUACAACAUCAAAAAGACUUUACAAAAUGCAGAUAAAAAACCUGCUUUCUUUAGUGACAAAAAUAUGGAACAAGUAACUCGUAAUAUCAUAAGACGUUUCCCGAAUAUCGACCCCAAAUCUAAUACAUAUUCGGCCGUCAACCAAGUGAAAGGGGAAGUAAUCAAGUCAUUAUCUCUAUAUUACAACACUUUUGUUGAUAUCCUUGAUUUAAAGGAUCACAUUAUUCAGCUGCUAACCACGAUGGGUGCUUGUCAGAUUACUCUUGAUAUUAGCUCCAACUAUGAUCUGACAAAGAACUAUCUUGAUCUAAUAGUUACAUAUGUUUGUAUAAUGGUGAUUGUAUCAAAGAUAGAUGACAGGAAAACCAUUCUUGGUCUUUACCACUUGGGACAUGAGUUCCAGCAUGGCAGUGGAGAACCAGCAUUUCCUCGACUUGGUCAAAUGAUCAUUGAUUAUGACCCUCCAAUGAAGAAAAUGGCAGAAGAGUUUGUUCCACAUGCCAGAUUUUUGUUGCCAGCUUUACUGUCAUUACAUGUGAUCUAUCCUCGGAGAAAUUUACCUGCAGAUCAGAUGAGAUCCUCGCAAAUCCUCAGUCUCCUCUCGGAACCUUCAAAGUUAAUGAAUGUGCCAAACACUGAUAUAAUUCAAUGUGAAUAUCUAUCUCAAGAUGUCAUGGAAAGAUGGAUCAUCUUUGGCUUGAUGCUUUGCUAUCAGCGUCUAUCAGAGCCCCAACCAUGGGACUUAUGGAAAACAGCUCUCCAGUCUGGCUACAUUGUACAACUAUGCAGAGACGAGGUACUGCACAUCCAUAGUUAUAUUGCUGCUUUCUUUGACAGCCUUAAAGGACAACAUAUACAACACAAAAGAGUGACGGAAGUUAAAGAUUUCCAGCAACAUGCACUUCAGACAUCACCUGGUCUUCAUAGAGAACGAAGGAAAUUUCUAAGAACAGCUUUAAAGGAAUUAGCUUUGAUUUAUACGGAUCAACCUGGAUUAUUGGGACCUAAAGUUUUACUUGUGUUCCAGGCCUUAUCAAUGGCUCGAGACGAAAUAUUCUGGUUACUACGCCAUUUUGAUAAUCCGCCUUCAAAACGCCAUAACAUAAAAUUAUCUCAGGAGGAUUUCAUAGAUCGACAAAUUCCUGAAUUAUUAUUUUACAUGGAAGAAUUAAAAGCCCUAGUAAGGAAAUAUAACCAAGUGAUCCAGCGGUUUUAUGUACAAUAUCUCUCUGGCUAUGAUGCAGUCUUACUUAACCAGCUGAUACAGAACUGGUCAACGUGUCCUGAAGACGAAUCCGUGAUUUUAUCAUCCAUCUACAGCACUAUAUCUGCUAUGUCUAUAAAACAAGUGGAAAAUAAUGACCUUUUUGAUUUCCGAGGUGUUCGACUAGAUUGGUUUAGGCUUCAGGCAUAUACUAGUAUGAGCAAAUCAGCUAUUAAACUGCAAGACCAGGGUGACAUGGCAAAACAUUUAAAUAUGGUUGUGUUUCAUACUAAAAUGGUGGAUUAUCUGGAUGAAAUGCUCAUAGAAACGGCUGAUUUGUCUAUAUAUUGUUUUUACACUGCUUUGUUUGAGCAUCAGUUCAAAUUAUGCAUGGAGUUCCCAGCCCAACACAGAUACAGCAUUGUCUUCCCUAUGAUAUGUGGACAUUUUAUGAAUGCUACACAUGAUUUAUGUCCAGAAGAGAGACAUUCCAUAGGCACCAGUAGUGUACAGUAUGCUCAUUGGUUCCUGAAGGAUAUCUCUGAGGAGGUCAACCAAGUAAUCACACACAUCUGUGAAGAGCAGUGUCAACUCAGUUACAAACUGCUGCCCAAGCAUAGUGCAGUGGCUAUCAGCCAAUCUUACCAACGUAGGAAAGCCAAAGACAAGAAGAACAAAGCCAUUCAGGAACCAGAGAAACCUGGUACAGAGAGUAUACGUAAAAACAGAGAGAACUUCACUCGAAUGGAUAAACUGCAUAUGGCGCUUACAGAACUUUGUUUUGCCCUCAAUUAUUGUAACAUCAUCCAAGUCCGUGAUCAUGGAUUUGUACCAAGAGAAUUCUUCCUGCAGCUACUGGAAGCCAGAUUCAACAAGGCUUUGGUUGGAAUGAUGAUGUAUAACCCGGAAACUAAUGAAAUAGCUAAACCAUCAGAACUACUGAGUGGUGUGCGGGCAAUGAUGAAUGUCUUACAGAGCAUUGAGAAUUAUGUGUCUAUUGAUAUUGCUCGGGUUUUCAACAAUGUUCUACCUCAACAAACUCAGCCAUCAGAUGGCUUCAGUGGUGAGAAAACAAUUACCUUCAAUUAUACAGUCUGGUAUCUUGAAGUUCUCAUGUGGAAAGUAACCUGUAAUAUUGGCCAAAUUGUCUACUCUCCUAACCAGAAGGCUUUUGUGAGUCUGACCACCGAAGGACAAGUUCCUUUCAUAGCUGAGGAAUAUGCCGAUCUAACAGAGUUAAAGGCUCUGGCAGAACUUAUUGGUCCCUAUGGAAUGAAAUACAUGUCCGAAAGGUUGAUGAUUCAUGUGGCCAACCAAGUAGAUGAACUUAAGAAACUUGUUAUUGCCAAUAAGGAAACUUUACAGCUACUUCGAACUAGUUUUGACAAGCCAGAUACAAUGAGGGAGUUAUGUCGUAAACUGCAGAAGCCCAGAAUGUCAGCACAUGUCGACAGUGUCCUAUUGCGUAUGACAAUUGUUGGUGUCCUGUUGUCCUUUCAUACUUUGUGUCAGGAGGCAUUACAAGAUGUCCUUGAUGAACGUAUUCCAUUUUUGAUGGGUUCAAUCCGAGAUCUACAGCAACAUGUUCCUGCCACCAAAGACAAUAUGCCAGCUCAUGUGAAGCAGCAGAUUGUUAGUGAUAUGGCAGCUGCCUCUGGCCUCUACUGUCCAGUUGAUCCUACGCUCUGUGCUGCUUUACGAACUCAGAAAAGUGAAUUUACCGAAGAUGCUUACACCAUAGCGUGUCUCCUGAUGGUGUUUGUUGCAGUUUCACUCCCCAAGCUUGCCAAAUCAGAAACCUCUUUUUUCAAAGCCUCACUCGAAGGACACCUCAAUAAUAGCCAUUGUCUUGCCAAAGCCAUCAACGCUCUUGCUGGUGCCAUGUUUACCAUUUAUGGUCCUGGAGACUUGGAGGAACGAUUAAAAGAGUUUUUGGCUCUUGCUUCUUCCUCAAUGUUACGGCUUGGCCAAGAGACAGACAAGGAAGCUAUCAAAAACCGAGAUUCGGUCUAUCUGCUGCUUGACCAGAUAGUCCAAGAGUCCCCGUUCCUCACAAUGGAUCUGCUGGAGUCUUGCUUCCCGUACGCUCUGCUCCGUAAUGCCUACCAUUCUGUCUACAAACUGUCAGCUGCUGACCACUGAGUGACCAUCACCUACAACAUGACCCCCCACCCCCCUAACUAUGUGUCCUCAAUACCAAAGCUCUGGCCAAGCUUCACCUUUUGUCUGGGGGUGGAGCUGGAGGGUACAACUACAACUCAUGCUUCUCUCUCUCUCUCUCUCUCUCUGCUUCUUUCUUCCCUCUUCACCUCCAUUUUCCUUCUCCUCCUGUACAGUUGAGGUUUAGCAGGAGGGCAGGGGAAGGACUGAUGUUCUGCUAUUGCAGUGGUUCAUCAACACUUAAAAUCCUUCAAAAAACAACAACUACAUGGUCUUGCACCAUCUCUCCCCCACUCCCCCCUCUUCCCUUACUAUCAUUACCAUUAACAUCAUCAUCAUCGUCAUCAUCACCAUCAUCCCUGCUUUAUGGUUAUUAAUUGUCCUCUUUGCUUCUCUCUUCCUCUCUACCAGUCAGUCUCAAAAUCUUUAUCAGAAUCUCCCUCUCAUAUAUAUCUAUAUAUAUAUAUAUAUAUAUAUAUAUAUAUAUAUAAAUAAAUAAAAUGUGAAAUAUAUUUAAACUAUAUUCUUUUUCUGGCAAUUCACAUCUUUUGUGGACCAGAAGCAAGAACUGACAAACAGUGGAAUGAAACUUAAGUCCCAAGAAAAAGCAUCCAGUUUAAAUAAGCACUAUACUCUCCACCAUGUAUUGAGUACUUUGUUCCAACAUUGACAAACUGUAAUAUUGAAUGUGCAUUGAAAGUAGUAUUACAAACAGAUAAAGAGUACUUAAUGCAUAUCCUGGUGUGUCUGUGUGUGUGAAUAUAUAUAUACAUCCAUGUAUGUAUGUAUAUAUAAUAUAUAUGCAUACACACAUACAUGUACACACACACACACACACACAAUCUUUUUAUUUCUUUCCAUGUCUGAAUGUAAUGGAGAGAUCUGACACCCUCCUCCCUCUCUAAGUUGGAAUUGAUUCCCCCCACCCCCUCCAUUUUCUAUCACUAUUGGCAAAUAUUGUUAUUAUUAUUAUUAAUUACUUGAAAUAAUUUUCAUCUCAAAUUAAAAUUAUUAUAAUUAAUAUUUUAUAUUUUGUAUCAUUCUCACCAAGUUAUAGCUUUUUUCCUUUCUCUGUCUUUUCUUAGAUAUCUACUUUGGUAAAAUAUUAUUAUUAUUAUUAUUUUGACUGUUUUGUCCUCCUCCUUUCUCUUCUGCUCUCAAUUUCUGGCCUUGUGCUUAUGUUAGAAAUCAUUAUUAUUAUUAUUAUUAUUGCUAAUGUUAUGACGAUGAGAGCAUGGUUGGCAGUACCAUUAGACUGGAUUAAUUGCAGGAUUUGGUUACAUUGACACUCUGGGUUCAACUCCUGCUACAGCUGAGUUUGCCUUUUUGUCCUCCUGAGAUCAAUAAAAUAAAGUACCAGUAUUAUACUGGAGGCUAGAUUCACUCAACCCCACAUCCUCUCCUUACAAUUUCUGGUCUUGAUGCCUACCUAAGAAAUCCUUAUCUACCCUGAGGCAAAUAAACUAUUAUUAUUAUUA